GGAUGCCUCUGUCAGUCUUCGGCAAUCCUAUGGACUCUUCCCUCCUUUGUUUUCAACCCCGCCGUGGUUUCCCGCCUGUAAAACUGACGUCCAGAGGACAGGCACUCAAGCGUCCUGUGCUCCAGUCACAGCCAUCUCUAUCCUUCCCUGAGGAGCCAGCAAACCCUCAGGAAGAUUUGCUAUCGCUAGGAGAAACUGAGGCAGAAAGGGCAGGCUGCUGUUUUAAGACCGAAGCAUGGAUUUCAGAACCCCUGACCUGCUGGAAAUGUGGCUGGAGCCUCCAGAAGACGUCUUCUCAACAGGAUCCUUCCUGGAGCUGGGACUCCAUGGUCCACCUUCAGAGGUCCCAGUAACUAGGCUACAGGAACAGGGGCUGCAAGGCUGGGAGUCCAGUGGGGGCCAUGGCUGUGGUCUUCAAGAGAGUGAGCCUGAAGAUUUCCUGAAACUUUUCAUUGAUCCCAAUGAAGUGUACUGCUCAGAAGCCUCUCCUGGCAGUGACAGUGGAAUCUCUGAGGAUCCUCGCCAUCCAGACAGUCCCCCUGCCCCCAAGCCACCCAGUUCCCCUGCCCUCUAUGAGGUUGUCUAUGAGGCAGGGACCCUAGAGAGGAUGCAGGGGGAAGCUGGGCCAGCUGUAGGGCUCAUCUCCAUCCAAAUAGGUCAGUGUUCUUUGUGGGCAGCGGACAAUGGCCCUUCAGGUCCAGCCCUAACCCUGGGGUUAAGGGGGUUUCCCCAACCUGUGCCACUACCCAGGGCCUGCGGCCAUCCAUCUCCUUUCUCCCAGCCACCUAUGUUUCCCUCAGAUCAGUGGAGCCCACCGUUUAUGGUGCCUGAUGCCUGUGUGGUCAGUGAGCUGCCUCCUGAUGCUCAUGCCCACAUCCUGCCCAGAGCAGGCCCUGUAAACUCAGUGCCUCCUGCAGCCCUGCUGCCCUGUCAAACCUUGUUCCUGACAGAAGAGGAGAAGCGUCUGCUGGGACAGGAAGGGGUGUCCCUACCCUCUCACCUGCCCCUCACCAAGGCAGAGGAGAGGGUCCUCAAGAAGGUCAGGAGGAAAAUCCGUAACAAGCAGUCAGCUCAGGACAGUCGGCGGCGGAAGAAAGAGUACAUCGAUGGACUAGAGAGCAGGGUGGCUGCCUGUUCUGCACAGAACCAGCAACUACAGAAAAAAGUCCAGGAGCUGGAGAGGCACAACAUCUCCCUGGUGACUCAGCUCCGCCAGCUGCAGAUGCUUAUUGUUCAAACCUCCAACAAAGCUGCCCAGACUAGCACUUGUGUUCUGAUCCUUCUUUUCUCCUUGGCUCUCAUCAUCCUGCCCAGUUUCAGCCCCUUUCAGGGCUUACCAGAAGCUGGGCCUGAGGAUUACCAGCCUCAUGGAGUGAUUUCCAGAAACAUCCUGACUCACAAGGACAUGACAGAAAAUCUGGAGAAUCCAGCGGUGGAGUCCAGAUUGGAGGGGCCACCUGGGGCCAAGGGUGUAAAUGGCUCAACAAGGACACUGCUUGAGAAGACAGGAGGGAGGGCAGGCCCCAGCAGGCACAUCAGAACUGUGCUGCAUGCAGAUGAGAUGUGAGCGGUAACACUUCCUGGCCCACUUCCCAAUCACAAUAAGGAAUCCAGGCCUCCGCUGGCUGUGGUUCUGCUUCCUCCUGGGGUUCCCACUCAGGGCUGUUUGGCCUCAGGGGUCUGAAUCACAUCAGGAUGCCCUAGAUGUCUGUACCCCAUGGCUCAGUCUGCCUAUGUCAAGGGGCACCUCAAAUACUUUUGUCAUGUAUCUGUGAUUUUAUUUCUUCUUUGGGGAUAGGGUUGAGGGGAAACUGACAUUUUGGCUGAGAAAUAAAUU